AUGCUUUCCCGACUCGGCGUGUCACCCUCAUUUCGAUCGCUUUUAUCGCCGAUUCAAUCAAGAUGCAUGUCCGCCUACCCAAUCCCGGACGCCGUUUUUGGAUUAACCGAAGAUGAACAAGCUUUACGCCAAUCUGUUCGUGCCAUCGCCGACAAAGAACUAGCCCCAUUUGCUAACGAAAUCGACAGAGACAACAACUUCAAGAAUUUACGCCAGUUUUGGAAGACUCUUGGCACAAAUGGACUGCUUGGAGUCACCGCUCCAGAAAAAUACGGUGGCUCGGGGAUGAACUACUUUUCGCACGUGUUGGCAAUGGAGGAGUUGUCGAGAGCCUCGGGAUCCAUUGCUCUCUCAUAUGGUGCGCACUCAAAUCUCUGUGUCAAUCAAAUUGUCCGCCACGGCACCGAGGAUCAAAAGCAAAAGUACCUACCAAAGUUAAUCUCCGGUGAUCACAUUGGUGCAUUGGCGAUGUCCGAGGCGGGAGCUGGAAGUGAUGUGGUCAGUAUGAAACUUCGAGCCGAAAAGAAAGGCGAUUACUACGUGUUGAAUGGAACAAAGUUUUGGAUCACUAACGGCCCGGAUGCAGAUGUGCUCAUCGUUUACGCGAAAACCGAUCCCUCAAAACAUCAACAUGGAAUCACGACUUUUCUAGUAGAGAAAGAUUUCAAAGGCUUCACCACAUCACCCAAAUUGGACAAACUCGGCAUGCGCGGGUCAAACACUUGUGAAUUGGUAUUUGAUAAUUGUGAAGUGCCAGUGGAGAACGUGAUGGGAGCAAUGAAUAAGGGCGUUUACGUGUUGAUGACAGGUUUGGACUACGAGCGACUCGUGCUGUCUGGUGGACCUUUGGGAAUCAUGCAAGCCGCUUGUGAUGUCGCUUUCGACUAUGCGCAUCAGAGGAAAGCUUUCGGACAACGAAUUGGAGAGUAUCAGCUCUUGCAAGGCAAAAUGGCGGAUAUGUACACGACGUUGAACGCUUGUCGAUCGUAUCUCUACAUGAUCGCGAAAGGAGCCGAUAAGGGACAUGUCAGCAAUAAAGAUUGUGCGGGUGUGAUUCUCUAUUUAGCUGAAAAAGCCACACAAGUCGCCCUUGAUGCCAUUCAAAUACUAGGUGGAAAUGGUUACAUCAACGACUAUCCGGCUGGACGUUUGCUUAGAGACGCGAAAUUGUACGAGAUUGGUGCUGGAACGAGCGAGGUUCGUCGUUUGAUCAUCGGACGAGCGUUGAACAAAGAAUACUCUUCG